UGACCCCAACGCAAGUUUUUGUGGUGAAAGUGCAAUUAAACUUUUUAUAUUAGGCCUAAUGGGCCAUAGUUGACAUACACUUGGGCCUAUGGGCUGAUUUAGAAUUAAAAAAGAUUUUACAAAGGGAGAAGAAAUCACGUAGCACGCACGCACGCGCAAGAGUUUGAAGAUCUGGUUAGUACUGAAGAAGAAAACUCUGUCGGAAAAUUCUAUCUUUCUCGGAGGGAAGAAUCCAUUUCUGAGAGGUGCUUCGCUUUCUUUGCUGAUCAGCUUCGGAUUGAUUACUUCGAAAGAUGGAUCCUAACCAGCCGCCUGUUGAAAACUAUGCGAACCCAAAUACAUGUCUCUUCCAUGUUCUCUUCAAGGGUGCUGCGUUGGCGUUUUACAUUCUAUCCGCUCUCUUCUUCAACAGCUUUGUCAUAAUCUUUGUUGUGACUGUUCUCCUUGCUGCACUUGACUUCUGGGUGGUUAAGAACGUGAGUGGGCGUAUACUGGUUGGUCUCAGGUGGUGGAACGAGAUCAAUGACUUGGGCGAAAGUGUCUGGAAAUUUGAGUCUCUUGACCAAGAGUCCUUGGCUCGGAUGAACAAGAAAGACUCGUGGCUUUUCUGGUGGACGCUUUACCUUGCAGCAGCUGCGUGGUUGAUCCUUGGGGUGUUUUCACUGAUAAGGUUUCAGGCCGACUACCUGCUUGUUGUGGGCGUUUGCUUGUCCCUCAACGUGGCUAAUAUCAUCGGCUUCACAAAGUGCAAGAAAGAUGCAAAGAAACAGUUUCAGCAGUUUGCUUCACAGACAAUCGCAUCAAGGUUCCAAUCCACGGUACAAUCUGCCUUCACCCUUGUUUGAAAAAUAAAAAAGGUUUUAGUGAGAGCAAAGACUGUGUACAAAGAAGAUUGUCGCCAUAAGCCACACCAUGUCUUUUUUUUUUUUUUUUUCUGGCUGAUUGUUUUUUCCACUAUAUAAUAUUAACGGAUAUAAGAAAGAGGCUUAUCAUAUUCGUCUUUUUACCCUAUGCGUAUGUCUAAACCCAAACGAAAUCUCAGAAAUUGUACUUGUAUUUCUGAUUUCGGUGGUAAUCUUCAAGAUCUUCGUUUGAAUUCA